AUGUCUCUCAAACCAAUUACUCUCUGGGGCCACACCACGGGCGCAAACCCUUGGAAAGUCGUCCUUGUCCUGGAAGAACUCAAUCUGCCAUACCACAUCAACUUUCUUCAACUCGAAGAUAUUAAGAAACCAGACUUCCUGUCUGUCAACCCGAACGGCCGGGUCCCGGCCAUUCAAGACCCAAACACAGGCCUCACGCUUUGGGAGUCGGGCGCGAUCAUCGAGUACCUAGUCGAUCGAUAUGACAAGGACCACACGCUCAGCUUCACAAAAUCGACGACCGAGCAUUAUCUAGCCCAGCAAUGGCUGCACUUCCAGAUGUCCGGUCAGGGCCCGUACUUCGGACAGGCUGUGUGGUUCAAGAAAUACCAUAGCGAGCAGGUGCAGAGUGCUGUGGACCGGUAUGUGAAGGAGAUUCGCCGUGUCUCGGGUGUUUUGGACCAUGUUUUAGCGGACCGGGAGUAUCUUGUGGGUGGUCGGCUCAGUUAUGCUGAUCUGGCUUUCGUGCCAUGGUAUCUGGUGGCGUCGUGGUUUGAAAUCGAUCUGGCGGUCGAAUUUCCCAACUUGAAUGCUUGGCUGGAGCGGUUAAAUGGACGGCCUGCCGUAGCCAAGACGAUGAAGCUGCGUGAGGAGGCCAUUGCCAAUUCGCAGUGA